UGGAAACCUCAACCGCACCUCGCAAGAAGACUAUCUACAUAGCACAUUAUUCAAACCCCACCAACAGCCCCACAGAAUCCGCAUUCGCGAUGUCCACCCAAAGCAUGUCCGUCCAAUUCCGCUACGCCGACGACAUGGGAUUCGGCACGGAGGAGACCCGCGAUCAGGUGAAGAGGAUCAUCCAAGCAGACACCGGCUCCGACAUCUGGGCGAGUACGCGGAAUAUCCCCCCGACUCACUUUUUGACACUCUCUGGGAAAGCAGUUGAGGAGCUGCGGGCGGUGGAUGGGGUGGUGGUUUUGCGGGCUGAGGGGGUGGAUUCUUCCUAGUGAUGGACCGCUG